AAAAUACUCACACAUAUUUUAAAGAAGUUGCACUUACAAACUCAAAUCACUUUUAAAAAAAAAAACUGGAGUGGUGGUCUUUUCGUAAGCACCGAAUUACAAUAAUGCAAACCACCAACACAGCUUAGCAGCACCCACGUUCAAUCAAGAAGUUCAAAACUCACAUAAAUUUCUCGUGAAAAAGAAACUAUAAAUUCCAUGAACUUUGAGGGUUUCCCCACCUAAGUAGCUCAGCUAUCUUCUUCUUAACAUCUCCAAGCACAAACUACCCCUCCAAGAAGAUGGAAACCAGCAAGCUCAUAAUCAUCCCAUUUCUCCUACUUCUCUCCCUGGCCUUCCCUUCCAUUGCCACCGUUGUUGAAGAGACGCCCAUGAAAACAGAUGUGGUGGUGGAGGGAAUGGUGUACUGCCAGAGCUGUGAGCACUUAGGAUCUUGGUCGUUGACAGGGGCCGAGCCCAUUCCUGCAGCCAAAGUCAGCGUUACCUGCAAAGAACACAAAGAUCGAGUCAGCUUCUACAAGGUUUUUUCCACAGACGGGAACGGUUACUUCUAUGCACAGCUUGAAGGAUUCAAGAUGUUGGACCAUCCCCUCCACUCAUGCAAAGUGAAGCUGGUUUCAUCCCCUCUUCCAAAGUGCAACCUCUCCUCCAAUGUCAACUACGGGCUCUCUGGUUCACCGCUUCGUUAUGAAAACAAGAGACUGGUUGGGAAGCAUUAUGAGGCUGUGGUUUAUGCUGCAGGUCCCCUCGCUUUCCGUCCAGCCCAUUGCCCUCCCUCGACUCACUACUAACUGACUACCUUGUAUGCAUAAAUCCUAUUGAUAAUCCGUCUCUUCUCUUUGCUCCGUCCUUUUUCUAGUUUUCUUUGACUUUUUUUUAUUUUGAUUUUCCCAACCUGUUGAUUUGAAGGCUCUUGUCCAAAUGAGAGAACACUCUGUUCCAUUGCUUGAAUAAACUGAAGUAAAAGGCUGCGCAACAUAAUUUUUUUAACUGUAUUUUGCUCAUGUUACCUGGUUUUUCUGCCGCAUGUCAAUAAAG